AUGGAGGCCGAUGCCAAACUGAGUUAUGCAGCCAGAGGAUGUGGAAAACAGGGAUUCCAAAACCGGAUCAUUGGAGGGAAAGAUUCACAGGAGGGAGAGUGGCCUUGGCAGGUCAGCAUCAAGAUGAAUGGGGACUACCACUGUGGAGGGUCCCUCAUCACUGAUCAGUGGGUUGUUACAGCCUCACAUUGCUUUAAACUGCUCAGCACACCUUCCAAUUUCACCGUGAUGCUUGGAGCACUGAAACUCUCUGAUCCAGGUCCUGAUUCCACCACCACAGCUGUGAGACGCAUCAUCCUCAAUCCUACAUAUGAAGGCAAUUCGAGAUCCGGAGACAUUGCUCUGGUGCAACUGGACCAGCCAGUGAAUUUCUCCCACCGGAUCAUCCCCAUCUGUGUCCCUGAUGCCAAUGUAGUUUUCCCUCCAGGACACAAGUGCUGGGUCACUGGUUGGGGGGAUGUGCAAGUCAGAGAGAGACAUAAACCUUCUGACAUACUCCAAAAGCUGGAGGUGCCCAUAAUCAGCACAAACACCUGCAAUACCCUCUACCAUCAGGACUCUGGAGAGCCCAAGGUCACGCGCGAAAUUAAAAAUGACAUGAUAUGUGCUGGAUUUGCAGCUGGACAGCGGGAUGCUUGCCAGGGCGAUUCAGGGGGACCACUCGCCUGCCGGAUGGGGGAAUCCUGGCUCCUCGCAGGUGUGGUAAGCUGGGGAGAAGGCUGUGCCCAGAAGAACCGUCCUGGUGUUUAUGCCCGUGUGACAUCCUAUCAGCCAUGGAUCCACAGCCUGAUACCAGAACUGAAGUUCACAAGUGUGGCCACCAAGAAUCACGGGCCAACAGUGAACAACAAAAGCACCAUCAACCAAGCAUCAGCUGGCUGUUUUAGCCUCACCUCCAUCAUCAUAGCCAUUGUUGUUUUGCUGCUAUCUUCUGAGUAG